UGAGGACUGCAGCACCUGCACGGCAAGCCCUGGUUCCACUCUGCCACCCUUCCUUUGGAGCAGGAUCUGCUGCAAUGAUGGAAGAACAGGAGCGGGUGCAGGAGGAGGUACCUGCAGCCAAGCGCACAGGAAGGCACCACGCAGCACAAGAAGGAGAGGUGUUCAACAUGAGAUACCAGGCUCUGCGCAAGCUGGGCUGCGGGGCCUUUGCCACCGUUUGGCUGUGCCAAGACUUGAGGAGGAAGAAACACGUAGCUGUGAAGGUCCCCAGGAGCGGGCAGAGCUUCGCUGAGGCUGCCCAGGACGAGGUCGCUCUCCUCCGAUGUGUGAGCAGUAUGAGGAAGAAGGACCGGGCGGGAGAAAACAUCAUCUGUUUAUUAGAUGACUUCAGAAUGAUGGGAGAGAACGGCUUCCAUAUGUGCUUGGUGUUUGAAGCACUGGGUCCUUCUCUGAGAAGUCUGAUGGGCAACUAUGCAGCCCAGGGCCUUCCUUUGCCCUUUGUGAAAAAGUCUUUACAGCAGGUGCUGGCAGGCCUGCACUUCCUGCACAAACGCUGUCGGAUUAUUCAUACAGACAUCAAACCAGAGAACAUUCUGCUGUGUGUAGGGGACAAGACCCUCCAAAAGCUUCUACCUGAUGUUGUCGACUCCAGCCAGAGAACAGAGAUGGGGCUAAAGGGACCAGGAGAUGAUCUUGGCUAUCAACUGGAAGCCUGUGAUUUAAUGAACGUAGAAGUGAAGAUUGCAGACCUGGGCAGCGCGUGCUGGACGUACAAGCCUCUUUCAAAGGAGAUCCAGACCCAACCGUACCGUGCCCUGGAGGUGCUUCUUGGGUUAGACUAUGGUACUCCUGCAGAUAUCUGGAGCACAGGCUGCCUGGCAUUCGAAAUGGCAACUGGAGAGUGUCUAUUUGAUCCUCGACCUGGGAAAUAUUUCUCCAGAGAUGAUGAUCAUGUUGCUCGUAUUAUUGAGCUCCUGGGCAAAAUUCCUCCCCAAAUAGCUCUCUCCUGGAAGAAGUCAACAAAAUUUUUCAGCAGACCAGGUAAACGGGAGUAGGGAAGUUGGCUCUAAAAAUACUGUGGACCUCUGACACACUCCUACUCAGCUCCCAUUAGAGAACAACCCAAAUGAUUUCAAACAACACAGGCCAGAGG